GCACCUCGCCCCCUAAACUAAACACAACACACGCUUUACGAUCACGUGGAGUGCUCAUCAUCGAAACUCAAAAUGGCAUCUAUCGAGCAGAACGUGCGUUACCCCCAAAAGAGGCACUACAGGCAAAGGGCACACUCCAAUCCGACUGCUGAUCACAAAGUGGACUAUCCUAUUCAUCCUGAUUUGAUGGACUGGAGCAAACUCUACCCCGAAUUUCCAAAUAAAAGAGUUGAAUUCGCUGACGUCGGCUGUGGCUACGGAGGACUGCUAGUUGCGUUAGGUGAGCUGUUCCCUGACGUUUUAAGCCUUGGCCUUGAAAUUAGAGUGAAAGUUUCCCAGUUCGUGAUAGAACGAAUCAAGGCCCUGAGGCUGCAGGAGCAGGGCAAACACCAAAAUGUUGCGUGCCUCAGGACGAACGCCAUGAAAUACCUGCCCAAUUUCUUCUACAGGGGACAGCUUAAGAAAAUGUUCUUCCUGUUUCCUGAUCCGCAUUUCAAAGAGUCAAAGCACGAAUGGCGAAUCAUCAGUCGGUCACUGCUCUCUGAAUACGCCUAUCUUCUUUGUGAAGGGGGUUUAGUGUACACUGUUACAGACGUGCCUGAUCUGAAUCAAUGGAUGGUCAAGUGUUUAGAUGAGCAUCCCAUGUUUGAACGCGUUUCCCAAGAAGAAUUGGACAAGGACCCCGUUGUGCCGAAACUGUGGGAUAGCUCCGAAGAGGGCCAGAAAGUGACUAGAAAUGAUGGACCAAAAUUGCUGGCGGUUUAUAGAAGAGUUGCAGAUCCAUUUGAUAGCAGCUGAAUCGUUUUGGGGCUUUUAUAUAAUUUAUUAAAAUUUUGUAAAAAACAAACAAUAAAA